AUGGGCUCAGAUGUAAAAGUCCCUUGCGAUUUUCAACUGUUGGAAGACCUCCAAGUUGGCCAGAAAGAACUAGGAGAUGGCACAGCUAGCUGGGGUCUAGAAGAUGAUAAAGACAUGACACAUACAAGAUGGCCAGGGAUGAUAACUGAGCCUCCAAUGGUGGACCCCAGGGCCAUCUCAGUGCUGGCCAGGUGGCAGAACCUGCAGAGCAUCAAAGUCGUGCUGCAGGAACUCUGGUGCUUGAUGAUGGCAAAGAGAACCUGA